UGUGGGUUAUAUUGAUGAAACUUAAUUUCUCUGUUAGUAUUCAGAACCUCCAUAUCCUAUACAAGAUCUUGACACAGUUAAAUUCUUUAUGGAAAUCAGGAGAACAGAUAAACUUGUUCUUCACUGAAGAAGACAUAGUGAUAUAUCCAGAUGAGAAAUUGGCAUUUGAUCAAAUAUUUGGAAGAGUGCACAUCAGACCAAUCCCUGACGCUAAAACAGGAGUAGCAGAAGGGUUCUGCAAGAACUAUGUGGUAACUUCUCAAUGAGAGAACAAUGCUGUUCUCAUCACUCCGUACAAGUUCUCAGAGUUCAUGGAUUCCCUAAAAGUUAUGGUAGAGAUGGAGGCCGAAGGAGAGUUUAAGCUCACACAGAGGGAGACCACAGCUGGAAUAAAAAAGUAUCUCCAAACAGGCUGUAGAUCAGAUAGCGAAGGUGAAAAGUUUAACUAUUUCAUUGAGAUUGAGACUAUAUUUGACCCAAAGAAAUAUCCAGAAAAUAUAAUCCCUAAAGAAAUAAGCUUCGAAGUUUCUAGAGGCAUCAAUGAGAACUUCUUUGGAAAAUUCGUUGAUAGAUACAACCUCCUAAAUGAAGAUAGCGUUCAGAUUAAGUUCUGCCAUCUUGGCUUUGAAGAAGAAAAAGACGAAAAAGAAGUCCUUGAUUCCAAACUGGAAAGUGAUGAAUAUCAAAUAAUCCUACAAAGUCAGUUUAUUCAAAGCAAGCUUGAAGAUGCUGAAUUGAUGAUGAAGCUCAAUGAAUCCGAAAAGAAGAAGAAGUCGUACAAUGUGACACUAACAAAGACUAUCUUCAGGAAGUUUUUCUCAAUGAUUAAGCUUGGAGGUAACUCAAAGAUAGGAGUUGACCAUGAACAGUCCAUCGAUAUUCUCUACAGAAUUGGUGACUAUAAGUCUAUUACUGCAUACCUAGAAGCAGCUUCUUGAAAUAUCUAAUUCUUUAU